GUUCCAGCCUCUCUGACGCGCAGAGCUGCAGUAGUUACUGAAAAGAUUCCUUUUGUUCCGGGACGAGGUUUUUAAUUAGGCAAGGCUGGAAGUCGGUGAGUUCGCACGGAGAAGCAACAGCAGAGGAAAUUCUUGCACCAUUUGAAGCUGGGUUUGACACUUGAGGAUGGUGCAGAACAUGGAGAUCACCGUAUCUUUGCUGACGGACUCGGAGCAAGGUUUCAUUCUAGAAGUCUUACGGCGGGAUGAGGAACUGAGGCGCUUGGAGGAGCAGCGUGUGAAGAGGCUAAAAGCUGAGUUGCUGGUAAUCCGAAGAAAGGGUGCCAAACAUGGCAGUGGGAAAUACAGUGAACACAGCUGUGGCCGCUGCCAGGAACCUAUGGGACUUCUGGCCCAUGGUAGCCAGUGUAGGGGGUGCAAACAUCACAUUUGCAGAAAAUGCCAAUCCGUUCGAUCCAAUGGGUCUUGGUUGUGCACAGUGUGUGCCAAAGAGAUAGAUCUUAAGAUGAGCACUGGAGAUUGGUUCUAUGAUGAGAGGGUUAACCGCUUCUCUACAGCUCCUGGACACAAUUUAGUCCGAGUUUCCCUCAGGAAGAAGUCUCCAAUUAAAAGGCGUGAGACAGCUGGGGAAUUUCUGUUAAGCAGAACGGAGUUAAAUUCCCACCAGGCAGUGCCUGUGCCCAAACCUAGACUGAAGGACAUUGCACUAACAAAAAAGAGCUCUCCUCCUGAGGUAAUUGAGAGACUUUAUGUACGAGAGCAGCAGCGUAGUGACACAGAAUCAGCUGAGAAAUCCAGUCUGGGCAGCAACUGCACAGAAUCAUCCCACAGUACCCCACUAAUGCAGAGAAAAGAGGAGAUGACAGCUAAGAUCAGCCCAGCAGACUCCACUGUGUCCAGUCUGACAGAACCCACUAACUCUAACAGCAUUUCAAGCUCCACCUCAGCCAUUGAAACAGCCUCUUUAAUUCAUCAUAUGAAUUUCUGCUCUGAAUCAUUGCCUGACGUCGAUGGGAUUUUCAAGAAAAGCAUCAGAAGAGUGCACAAACUUUCAGAUAUUAAACCAGCCUCCACACUUGAUUUGCGUGAAGAUGGAACAGAGUGUACUGUAUCCUCUAUAAGAGACAGAAGCAAGUCCGUCCCUGGCCUUAAUGCUGAUGAGGAGGAGGAGGAGGAGGAGGAGGAUGAUAUUGAUAGCUUGGUGAAUAUACACAGACAGAAAUUUGGUGAUAGCUGGGGAACUCUGCAAGGCUCAAGGACCACUCUGGGUAGUACAAUGAGUGUGUACAGUGAAGCAGGAGACUAUGACAGUGUUGAAGUGAGUGGAGACAUUGUCUUCUCUCUCUGCUACGAUGAUCCCAGUCAGAGCCUGACUAUCUUGGUCCGUGAGUGUCGAGGGCUGGCUUAUGCUGAUUCAGCAAAAAAGAAGUGCAAUCCAUAUGUCAAGGCCUACCUCCUUCCAGACAGAAGCAAGAAGAAAACAUCUAUCAAACAUAACACCAUCAACCCCAGUUUUAAGGAAAACCUGAAGUAUUCUAUUAAUCACACCCAGCUGCUGACUCGCAUACUACAACUCUCAGUUUGGCACUAUGACCGUUUUGGCCGCAAUACUUUUCUGGGUGAGGUGGAGUUGCCAAUGUAUAACCAUGACAUUGACUCUGCCAAUGACGAGUGUAUGGCUCUUAGAGAAAAGGCAGCUACCCCAUCAGCACCAUCUCCAUUUGAUCAAUACAAAGGAGAGCUGGUGAUUUCACUUAAAUAUGUCACAUCAAAUAAUGCAAAGAGUGCUAAGGGAAAAGGGAAAAAGACCAGACCUGAGGAUGGUGCGGAGCUGCAUGUGUUGAUCAAAGAGGCCAAAAAUCUGACUGCCAUGAAAGCUGGAGGCACAUCUGAUUCCUUUGUGAAAGGGUAUCUGCUGCCAUCGAAGAACAAGUCUUCCUUGAAGAGGAAGACUCAGGUGGUGAAGAAGACACUGAACCCACACUACGUCCACACAUUUAUUUACAAAGAGUUGAGUCUGGAGCAGCUGAAGGACAUGUUUCUGGAGCUCACUGUCUGGGACAGAGAGGCUCUGUCCAGUAACGACUUCAUGGGAGGAGUUCGCCUCAGCUUGGGAGCAGUGACUGUGAAGGAGGGAAAGGAAGAGUGGGUGGCAGACUCGUCGGGGGAGGAGAUCUCACUGUGGCAGAAGAUGAUACAGUAUCCAGACUGUUGGGCAGAGGGCACUCUUCCAAUGCGCUCAUCCAUGGGAAGGGGCAAGUAAGGACA